AUGGGCAAAUAUAGCUUAAGACCAACCUUGGAUACUUCUGAGCCAUUGUUGUUACUGAACCAGAAUAAUACUCGGUGGAACCCGUUUGCUAUGGCUCACGGUGGCGCUGCAGCAUCUCCGCCGUAUCAUGUGGCGGCCGAGGGUGAGAAUUCUCACCGGAAAGUUUUGGCUGAAAUGGAUCUUUUCUCCACAAGAAACCAGAUCAGUAAUAAGGUUGUUGUCAAGAAUGAGAAUUUCCAUGCUAAUGAUCUUGAUGUAAAUACGGGUUUGAAUCUUGUUACGCAAAGUGAUCGAUUUGAUGGGAUCUCGUCAAAUGGGGAUGAAAAUCGAACAACAAAUAAGUUGGCAAAUCUACAAAAUGAGUUGCAACAAAUGAACAUAGAAAACCAAAGGCUAAAAGAGAUGUAUUUACAAGUGAGCAACAAUUACAAUGCCUUACAAAUGCAUCUAGUGACCCUAAUGCAACAACAAGAACAAGAGAUGAGAAAUGCAAGCAUUCAAAAUCAAGAUCAAAACGUCGAUCGUCCUUCUCAUCAAGGUCCGGUAACGGUUCCCAGACAGUUUAUGGAACUCAGACAAAGUACCAAUGAAAUGACGUCUCGUGAUUCUUCCUCGGAAGAGAAGACGCAAUCGGGCUCGGCGUUGAAUGCAGUUGAAUUGUCGAAGAAUGUUGAUAGAGAUGGUAAGAGUACUAUUGGUCGGGAGGAUACACCAGAUUCAGAUGUAUGGAUGUCUAACAAAGUUCCCAAAUUGGUCGUCCCUGAAAACGCUGACCAGGCAAAUGAAGCAACGAUGCGUAAAGUCCGUGUUUCAGUACGGGCACGUUCCGAAGCACCAAUGAUUACCGACGGAUGUCAAUGGCGAAAGUAUGGCCAGAAAAUGGCGAAAGGCAACCCAUGCCCACGUGCAUAUUACCGUUGCACGAUGGCAGUGGGGUGCCCAGUUCGAAAACAAGUUCAAAGGUGGGCAGAGGAUCAAACAAUCUUAAUAACCACAUAUGAAGGGACUCACAACCAUCCUCUCCCGCCAGCCGCAGUCGCAAUGGCAUCGACCACAUCGGCUGCAGCCACCAUGCUGCUCUCGGGUUCAAUAUCAAGUGCCGAUGGUUUCAUGAACCCUAACCUAUUGGCUCACGCAAUUCGACCCAACUCCUCCGGUAUCGCAACCAUAUCAGCAUCAGCCCCAUUUCCAACAAUUACCUUAGACCUUACCCACCCUCCAAAUACGUUUCAAGGACCCAACAGUUCAAUCCAAUUUGAUGGUCAUCAUCAACCACCAUCACAAUUUCCCCCAUCGGCGCUUGCAAUGCCAUUACAAGCAUUUCAUCACGGUGGCGGUGGAGCCACCCUGUACAACCAAUCAAGAUUCUCCGGUCUUCAAUUAUCAAACAACAAAGUGAUCUCCAAUCAACCACCACCCCACCAGAUUGCAACACCACAACUCCACCAAUCUCAGUUAUCAAAUUCCAUCAGUGCUGCCACUGCUGCCAUCACCGCCGACCCAAACUUCACUGCAGCGUUAGCCGCCGCAAUCACAUCCAUUAUGGGCGGCGGUGGCAACAACAACGGUGCUAAUACCUUUCCUUCCAACAACAACAACGAGACCAACAACACUUACAGCUCCAAACAUGACCAGCAGCUUCAAUAGGAACUGAAAGUUGGAGUUAUCUUCCAAAUUCUUUUCUUCUUUUAAUCACCAUUUUUUCAUAUUUACAAGUAUUUAAUGUGAAUUAUGUUUUCUUAUCGUUCAUAUUCUUGGGUGGAAGUACAAAUCUGUUAUAUGAUCAUAUACAUUUCUUUCUUUGUUUACACAAGAUUUUCAAUGAAGGUGGUGAUGAAUGUGGUGGUUGUUUUAUUUGA